UGUCCCAGACCCCCUGAGACAGAGCUCUAACCCCGCAGAGCUGCUUUGACCAUGUGGAAGAGCAUCAUGUGCUCACCCAGGACUGUGGAGUCGGCGCUGCUGAUACUCCUCAAUGUGCUGUGGAGCUGGCCAGAGCACAGCACGUGCACCUCUGAUGGGGACAAAACGGGUGUCUUUGACCUGGCUGCAACUGUGGUGAUAUGGAAGAUCCUCCAGAUGCCCUGUGUCCCACAUAUGGUGACCGUGUAUUUCCCCCACCUAUUUGUCCAUCUGCUCUUCCAAGUGCUCUUCAGCACUCUGGAUAUGCCAGAGGAGGUCGAUACCUUCUGGAAGGGAUGCCAGCAGCAACAUGGCCUUGCCACCAGUCCCAACAGGUUUGCAGUGCAGACCCUGAAGUCCCUGCUCUGCCAAAUGCAGCACGAGGAUGUGGUGGUUGCAAUGGAACACAAGUGUGGCUGGGACACGCUGCUGUGUGCUGAUACCUACCACUAUGCCGUGGGUCUGCUGGCCAAGGAGAUGUCCUGUGUCUCCAUCCCCUUGUGCUCUCGGAUCGCUCGCUACCUGCUCCAGCUGCUCAGCACACAGGAGCCAUGCUGGGAGCUGCCCUCCCUGGCGUUCCUUGUGGAGGUCCUCGAGUGCCUGGACUUGAGUGAACGCGGUGCUGACAGAGUCCUGCAAAUCUUGUCAAGGCACCUGAGGAGCGAGUGCAAGGAGAGGCGUCACCUGGCGCUCAGGGCCCUUCUCGAGCUCAUCAAGGAUCCCUCGAUGGAAGAAAAAAUGUGGAGCCUGACUGAAAGUCUUGUGGAGCUCCUGUGGGAUGCGGAUGGAGAGAUAGUUAGCAUGACAGCCAUGCUCCUCAGCUGUAUCUUCUUGGACAAGGACAUGCUGAUAGCCAGCCCCAUCACACUGCAGCUGGUUGAGGCGCUCCUGCCACUCCUUGACCACGACAAUAGCCAAGUGCAGCUGCUCUCCAUACUGCUCUUCCAAACACUGAUGACUUUUCCACAGGAAAAAGAGGCUCUGAAGACACACGUGUGCCAGAGCCUGCUGCCACUCUUCUUCCACUGCCAUGAUGAGAACGAGCGAGUGGCAGAGGCUUCUCAGGAAAUGUUGCUUUGUGCCACAAAGCUCCUGAAGAGGAGGGAUCUUGAAAAACUGGUGAAGAACCAGGAGCUGUGGAAGUUCACCGAGUGCCUGCUGGCAGAGGACAGCAGCAGCGUGGCCAAGCACCUGCACCGGGCCCUGCCCUACCUGCAGAGCCCACAGGAGCCCCUGCGAGAGGCGGCCGUCAGGUUCAUGGGGACAGCCGGGCGGUACCUGAGGGGGAGGAAGGAAGAGCUCCAGCUCAUCUCUGAGGCCCUUGAAGGCAUGGCAAAUGACAUCAGCGUCCCCGUCAGAAGCCUGGCAAUUCAAACAUUGUGCGUCCUCCAGGCAGUAGAGAGAGCUCGAUAUUCCAUCUUUGACAACCUGCAUGAUCAGUUCCGCAGGGCAUGGAAGACACGUCCUCGUCUGUUGGGGCUCGGCUGGCUGCGCUGCUGGAGCUCUGCACAGAACUGAUCCCAAUGGCUCUGUCUGCUGGGGCCACCUGAGCCAGCAGGAAUGUUUAAUUUCUUCAAGACUGUUCAUUCCUUCUUUUUGUUUUUCUUUAGCAUAUAAAUAUAGGAUGUGUUGUAAUA